AGAGUUUGACCACACCUUGGAUUCUCUCCAGAUCCUAAAGACGACAGAGAAAACCCGCAAAAAAUAAAACACGCUUCAGUACUGGCCAACAUCGGUUUUGAAGCCGCAGAUAAGUUUGUAAGUAGUUUCAUUCCCAAAUUGUAUGUAACGAAAAUGUAGUUUGCGCAGAUUUUAGCGAAGUAUCGAAGAUAAAUUACUUAGCAUGAUGAUUAAGCGACUUACUUUAUUUCCCCCUGUAGAGAUGACUUGUGUGUCGCGUAACUGGAAAACAGUUGGUUAUUUUAAAUGUGUUUAACCCAUACUAAAUAAAAGUUUCUACUGAGGCGAGAGAAAAAAUGCUUAUUGUCUCUAAAACUGAGCGCAUGUCUACUUCCUAAAACACUAGGACAUAUUUUUAGGAAUAUUUUGCAGUCUACAAUCCCGUUCAAAGCUCACAACUCGUGUAAUGUUGUGAAAUUAUAAUAGCGUCUAAAGUCAUGCAUGGGCGCAUUUGAUUAUCAAGGAACAAGGGUGAAGAGUUGCUUUUUUGUAGUUACUUCACUUGCUCGUCUUAUCUCCUUUCCAAAGAUAAGGUUCUAGCUUAUCUCCAUUGGAAAACUGUCAAAACAUCUACUGACCCGCGACAAUGCUGUAAUGAGUGUUGGAAAAUGCGCCUCUUUCAACAAUAAUUUUAAUCCUGAAUGUACUCUUGGAAAUCACCGGCGGAUCGCUGAGGCUUUUAAAAUUAUUUGUCAAUGUCGGUCGUACAAAGAAUUUCAUACGAAAUAAAAGAAAAAACAUCUUGUUGAAAGAUCCCUUUUAUUUUUCCUCGCAAGAAGAGAUUUCAGUUUUUACCUUUGCUCACAAAGUAUUGAAUUUCAGUAUCUCUUCUCUAAAAAUCGCUCAAUUUUUUGGACUUUUGAUCUUCGUCAUUCAAUUUCAGUUGACACUGAGUUACUCAUUACGUACGUGCUGUUUAUAUAACCAUAAGGAAACAAUAGAGCCAUUUAUACGAGGAAAAAUAAGACGCGUCUUACAUAAGACGCGAACUUUCCGUAUAAACGGCACAUCUCGUCAAAAAUAAGACGCGGCUUAGCUAAGACGCGUCUUGUUAGAUAAGACAUGCUCGUAUAAAUGGUACAGUUCGCGUCUUAUUUAAGACGCGUCUUAUGUAAGACGCGUCUUAUUUUUCCUCGUAUAAAUGGCCCUAAUGGGACCUUAACUAAAGAACUGCAUCGGAACAAAAGGCUUUACAAUGUUGCAGUUUGUUUACAUUCCUACAAAGAGAUUGGUGACUUUCUUUAAAUGUUUACGUUGUCAAGGCUUUUUCAUACUUAAAGGUUUCAUAGCACAAAUUUAAGACAAUUCAAAGAAACUGAAAACUGAAUAAAAGUUGUACGAAUAUCUCUAAACAAGCGAUCAAGGACAUACUAGGGUUGGGUUUUUUUAAGUUUCGCUGGGUUAUGAUAUUUUUUCAAUUGUAGAGUAGCUGCAGCAAUUUUCAAGAAAAAGCCUGAAGUAUUGUUCAGUUAUCCCCGAAAAGAAAAAAAGACUUUAUAAUGGUGACCCAUCUUGCCAUAUGGACCCAAUGCAAAAACGCUGUUGGAUUCAGUUAAUGUCCUUUUGUUUAAAUGAAAAUUAGCCUGACCAGCCUUGCUUGGGAAAAUGUAUUUUUUUGAAUUUUGUACUGAGGAAUGAGGCUAGUUAGCCUUAUUUUAAUUAAAACAAAAGAGUAUAAAUCCAGCAACUAUUUUUGCAUUUGGUUUAUGACUAUGGGGGAAACAAUAAAUAUAACCUCAACAAUUACAAGCACUCAUUAUUUUAAUAUUCGUAUAAGUCAUCAAAAUCAGUUUGACAACAAAUAAAAAAUGAGAACAGCCGUUUUGAAUUCUAAUUUCUCUGAGAUAUUUUUUAAAAGGUUUAUGGCAGGGUAAUACUCCUGUAGAGAAUUUAUUUGAAAAGAUAAUAUGGCGAGCUCGCGAUGAAUGAGUUCACUAAGCCUCUCCGGAAGGCAUCCAGGGAGGAAAAUAAACUACAAGCUUAUUAUUGAUCAUUGCGAAGUAUAUUUACGUUGACGCUUAUCUCUAUAUUGUUAUUAUCACCGGAACGUGCUAAGAGUAGAAAUUCAGUCGAUGUAAAAUUUUUGCCAUUAUCAAACUUGGUUGAAUUUCGUAAAGCAACCGAUAACCCAGGGCUUUGCUUCAUCAGUGAUCGGUAAAUACUAGUCUUGUUUCAGCUUCAUGCACCGUGCGAAAGAUUUCGCUACAGUCACCGGAGAUUCUUCAACGAAGAAAAAAUUUCCUUUUUCGUUCCAGGCAGGCAUUGCUCUUAUUUGAUUUUGGCACAUUAUUUUACUUUAGGUAGUAUUGGUUUGACGUGGGAUUUAUCUGAUGGGUGUCUUGUGUUACUUAUGUAUCUGUCAAAUCAAAGCUUCAACAUGCCCCUCCCCCCCCCGGGCAUACCCCGGGCAUUUGACACCUUUGCCGUCCCGGGGAGGAGGGAAUUUGAUUAUCAGAGUGUUCCAGGGGGUGGGGAAUUUGAUCCCCAUGCUUUAGGGGUUGGGGGAUUUGAACUGCACCCUCGAUUUCAUGUAAAAUCUUUGGCGUGGCGAGCUAUCAUGGGGGACGCGGUGUUAGAGGAUUUUCGUGGAAAAGAUUGUGCCUUUGUGGCCAGUUGGUUACGAGGAAAGGGCUUAAACAAGCUCUGUGCCGUAUUUGAAGUAUUUAAAUUUUAAAAUUUUUAAUAUUGGAUUCCGGCUUUGAAUGUAUGAAUGUAUUUUAUUGUUGUGUUUACAAUGAAAUACAAUACCUUUACCGGCGAUUCAAUACAACAAUAUAAAAUAAAAUAAGAAGCUCAGGUCAACUACUUUGACCUACUGCAAGUAUGUUAAUUAAUAAGGUGAGCGAUGGUGCAUGUCAGUGAAAUGGUCAUGAUGUAGUAAUCUCAAUAGGUGGGAUCUUUUUUUAAAGAACGCUUUGUAUGUUGCAUGACGAAAAAAAGUUGAGCAUUCAGUUACCUUGUAGCAGCGAUUUCCGCCGCUUUGCAUGAGACUUUUGUUCGUAGUAAAUACGCUAACAGUGUUUCUCAGUUUUUGUCAUAUUUAUAAAGAUUUUGUUCGACAACUGAACGCGUUUCCACCGUCUUUCUGUCAUUUUUGUGCAUGUGAAAUGUCCCCGGGGUGGGGGCAUUUGAUCACCUGAAUGGACCCUAGUGUGGGGCAUUUGAACGGCACUUUGGCCCGGGUAGGAGGGAAUUUGAACAAUAAUUUUCAAAAAAGUCAAAUGCCCGGGGGUUGCCCGGGGGGGGGGGCAUGUUGAAGCUUCGAUUUGACCGAUACAUUAGCGGUGAUUUUUUCGUCGCCAUUUUGAAUUACGCUGGGCUUUAUCGUUGAUGUAAGAAAUGCAUGAACGCCUCUGAUAUUUGAAACUGUCAUACUGAAAUUGGAUUAUCUGAUUAACGCCAUCGUUGCUUAGGCGCCUUUAACCAAGCGCCAACGUCAAUUUAAAAAGAUUCGGACGUAUGCACUUCGCUUUUUUACCACUUCGAGAAGUAAGAAGGCUCGUUACCUUUGGCAUUGCGACGCGUUACUUUUGCGAAAACUCAGGGGAAGAAAACUCUUUGCCCGACCUGUAAUAAUGAAGGAUUUCCACGAGUUAGUGAAAUAUUUCUCGGUCUAAGGACUCCUAUAGUGCGCGUUCUGCUCGUUUUAUUAUUUUUUUUAAUGCGUGUACCUUACUCGCGAGCAUUCGUUAUAAACCGUGGUAGUUGCACUUCACAUAAAUUUGUUUGAUCUUAUUUUUCCCUUGAGUACAAGGCUGAUCUCCGAACUGGUGGAAUUUUGGCCGACGCGGAGUUUUCGUCUUUCUGUGCACUGUUGCUGGUAUUAAGAAAAUUUUACCAAACUAACGUUUCACCCCUUUUCUUUCAGACCACAGACAUACCAACAUGUGUCAGGAAUACCAUUGUGAUUGUUGUUCGGAUGAUUUUCCGGAAGUGUCCUGCGAAUGCGACGCGUGUUACCAUGGUGAUCAAGAUUUCGAAGAUUACGACAGGCUUCUUCAAACCAAUAACCUCUCAGAAAAGUCACUUUUAGCGAUGAACUACCGAGGCUCUUCAGUGACCUGCGAAUGCGAUGAGUAUUACCACGGUGAUCAAGAUUUCGAAGAUGACGAUAGGCUUCUUCAAACCAAUAACAUCUCAGAAAAGUUACUUUCAACGCUGAACUACCGAGGCUCUGGCCCAGACACAUGUGCUUCAGAACGAUGUUGUGUUGUCAAGAAAGAUUUAUGUGACAAAGAAAAAACCACGACCUGUUCUUCUUCUUGUACCAAAGAACCAUUUGAGGAGGAGAGAAAGACGGGUUGCGAGAGUAACUGCUGUUCUGCAAAUGACAAGAAAGGAACCAAACCUGCUUUGUUAACUGACAACACCAUUCGACAGCAGGCGUCACCUCCGCUUCAGUCUGACUGCUGCAGUCCUAGUCACGCCCAAAAGAGCUCCGGAGGUGAUGACAUUGAAGGACCCACUAGUUCAACGGAUGCAGCAUGCUGUAAAACCAGUCAGAGUUCUUGCCAGAAUUGUUGUAGCCCGAACAAAUCCCAGGGAGUCACGUGCGGGGAAGCAAGCAAUCCUGGUGAUCCUGCCAGACGUUUAGUAACAGAGGACAAGUGUUGUACAAGUAAGCCCUGCAGUGGCGAUGGUUGUGAGUCACGCAAUAUUGCCAGGGUGGCCACGAAUUCCUCAUGCAAUGAUGGCUGUUGUGCAAGAAAACCCUUGAAUGAAGGCACAUGUCAGUCUAGCAAAACUCCCGCCUUUUCUUUAUCGGAAGAUAAGUGUUGUGAAAGCAUAUCUUGUAGUGAGAGCACGCGUCUGUCACGCAGCUCUGAUCCUGUUAUAUGGUUAUCAGCGGAAGAAAAAUGCUGCGGAAGCAAGCCCUGUGGCAAGUGUAAGUCACGCAGUGUGCGUUCGGUCGUCCUGGGUUCAUUACCUGAAAACAUGUGCUGUGAAAGCAAAUGUUGCAGUGGUAGCCCAAGCGAGGCACUUGUUGACGAAUGCUGUAAGUUUAGGUUAUUGGUCGAAGACUGUCGAUUCAAAUCUGUCAGCCGAGUGUCCAUGACAGACUGUAGUGGCUUCUACCCGUCCACCCCUCCCUCAUCACCACCACCUCCAAAUAAGAGUGGUAACAGUGAAAAGAAGCCGAUGCUGCGGCAACGUACAACAAAACUGCGAGUUCAGAACAUCUGUUGUGCAAUGGAAAUCAAGCUGGUUCAAGAUUCCUUGGAGCCUUUGGAAGGCGUGUCAUCAAUCGCUGUGAAUGUAAUCGGUCGCGUAGUAUACGUACAUCAUGAUCCGGAAGUGACGUCAGCCACUGAGCUGAUUACCACCCUCAACCGCAUGCACCUGGGAGCCAGCAUCAUGGAGACCGGAUCCCAUAAUGCCGAUAAGAAGAAUGAAGGCCUGCCGCAUUCGUUAUCAUUGUUUUUAGUUUAUCUUUUGGUGCAGAGUAUUCUGAUGAUGAUAGGCGUUGUAGCGUUCUUUGUCAAGGCAGAUUGGUAUCAGUGGGUGGCCAUUGCAGAAAUCGUCUUUGGUAUCCCUCCAGUUUUGAAGAAAGCCUCCGUGUCCAUCAAGACCCUCACCUUGGAUAUUAAUAUUCUGAUCCUCAUUGCCAUAGCAGGAACGCUGGCCAUUCAGGAGUGGCUCGAAGGUGCAGCUGUAGUGUACGUCUUCUCGUUCGCUGAAGCCUUGCAGGAGGUCUGCAUGUACAAAGUCCAGCGGACUAUCUCUGGGCUCAUGCUCAAAGCACCUCAAGUGGCCAUAUUAGCGGCCACGGGCGAAUGUGUCCCUGUGGAGUCAGUUACCAUAGGCACAGCCAUCGCCAUUAGACCAGGUGAAUUGAUUCCAUUGGAUGGUGUGGUAGUCAAGGGCCGAGCUGCCGUGGACGAGAGCUCGGUCUCGGGCGAAUCUGUUCCUUUGGAGAAAACAGUAGGUUCUAAGGUCAGUAGCGGAACUGUCAAUCAAAAUGGAUACCUGGAAGUCGAGACUACAUCGGACUCAACUUCCUCUACAGUUUCUAAAGUGGCGCAACUUGUUCAAGAAGCUCAAACUGGUUCAGCGAGAACUGAAAUUGCAAUAAACCGGUUUGCCAAGUACUAUACACCAGCUGUGGUCAUUGUGGCAGCUCUCGUGGUAAUUAUUCCCGCCAUUCUUGGUGCUGCUGGUGUGGGGACCUAUUUACAAGAGAUUAAAGAAUGGGGCCGACGAGCGCUUGUUCUUCUGGUCAUAGCUUGCCCCUGCGCACUCGUCAUGUCAACCCCGAUCGCUGUGGUUUGUGGCAUCACUGCGGCUGCGCGAAAAGGAGCUCUGAUUAAAGGGGGAGUUCAUCUCGAGACGCUUGCCAGGUUGCAAGUACUUGCGUUUGAUAAAACUGGAACACUGACCGAAGGCAAGUUUCAAGUUGUUGACAUAGAAUGUUCUUUUGGUGUACAUGAACGAGCUACUUUACGCUUAGCUGCUGCACUGGAGAGCAAAUCAAGCCAUCCUCUGGCAGCAGCCAUAGUUAAUGAAUUUGCUGGUUGCGUAGCUGAAAUGAUCAAAUCACAAAACGCCACUUUACCGGAAGUGUCACGCUUUGAGCUCCACGAAGGACAAGGUAUUUCCGGUACUGUAGAUGGUCAACUGGUUCAGAUCGGAAACUAUGAAUUUCUUAAUCACGUCACAGGAAAAAGGCCGAACAAACAAAUGGAAGACAAGUACAUCACGUGGUGCAACGAAAGUAAGACGGUGAUUUUUGUGUGUUUAAAUGGCAAACUUGCUAUGAUGGUGGCGCUCGCGGACACGAUCAGACCAAACAGCUUGGACACCCUUGGUUGGCUAAGAAAGCUUCGAGUCCAGUCAGCUAUGAUUACCGGUGACAACUCGCGAACAGCCAUGGCCGUGAAGAGUAAGCUAGGACUGGACGAGUGUGUCGCCGACAUGAAACCGCAGAACAAGCUGUCUUGGGUCAAAGACAGACAAGAUGGAACAAAAUUCGCUGAUGGCGAGAUGUUUCCUAGUGGUACUCGCCGAAAGCGUUUUGCGUCUCGUUCCUGUUCGCGUCGCCGUUUCAACAUAUCAGCCUCACGUGACAGCGCUAACAAAAGGAUUGUGGGUAUGGUCGGCGAUGGUGUUAAUGAUGGUCCAGCACUGGCCGCAGCGAAUGUUGGGAUUGCAAUGGGCGCCGGAGGUACCGCUUUAGCUGUAGAAGCGGCCGAUGUAGCACUUAUGAGCAAUAACUUGGCCAAAAUACCUGAGCUUGUGGAACUCGGGCGCUUCUGUCGAUGGGUAGUUGCGGAAAAUAUUGCCUUUUCUGUCGUUCUAAAGCUGGUUAUUGUGAUUGCAGCGCUUGCCGGAAAGGCUGCUCUUUGGAUGGCUGUUUUGGCAGAUGUGCUUGGUUUACUGUUCGUAAUACUUAAUGGUCUGAGGCCGCUAUCGUGGAAAGCUGACAAGAAGCAUGACCACAAAAACACUGAUAUUGAACUUGCAUUUGUGAAGAACACUCGAGAGAUUUACUCAUACGAGACCUGCGUGUAGAAGAAACUUGUGUAGUUCGAAAUCACAGGUCAGAUUUAUGCAGAGGUCUUUGACUUUUAAAGGAAGUGUUCUUCUGCGUCAACGGACAGCGUGACAAACUGGCAUAAAAACAAACCUUUCAUCGUAACAUUCAUUAGUAACGGAAAUUUCAACCAACUUAGCAGAAUUGUAGCGGUCAUACUUUUUGAUAUGUGACACUCUUCGUGCUAUAACUCUGUAUAUCAGUUCCCAUUGGUAGUCGCUCGCCCAGAGGGGCAGGGAGGCGGGACUCAGACAUAAAACAGACGGGGCUGCUCGUGAUAAAAAUUAAAGCCCCAAAGGAGAUCAAUCUGGGCGUGGCUAAGGCCCGGGGGGAUACUCCCUAUAAUGGCCUAUACGGUGAGGCUCCGACCGAAAGUUGCACUGUUUUCCGGCUUCAGAUAUCUGAAAGGGUAGGGAAAUCCAUCAUUUGGGUCUUUAAAAAAAGCCCUAAAGGACUUACAGAUGCUUGUAAUGGCUGUGCGUGAUAAAGGCAAUUUAGGUGCAUUUACAGCAGUUAAAAGGGAUGCAAAGUUGUAUGUGAUAGGGGUACCAUUUGUCAAUAGAAGGUAUACAAAAGGGGUACCUUUUCUGCCAAAAAUGGAAUAUAAAAUGACAAGGGGUUGGACCUCGAGCCGGAGUCUCCGUGUAUAAAAUUGUGUUGAGUAUCCCCCCGGGGGGGGGCUAGGGCUUUAUUUAACCCUUAAAGGAGACCAUACUCUAAUACAGUUAGACGACGUUAGCUUGCUUUUACAUUUUGAAAUUUCUUUACGCACGACCUUAAGCGAUACUUUUUUGGGUAAAAAUUAUGGCUUCCCGUCCUGAACACCCUAAAUAAGAUGAAACUCUGCAAUUUGUACCCGAAACGCUCUACACGAGAGGAGGAGCUUCCCCGUCAUUUUAAUGUGAUAGUCCCCAAGUGUUUUCCUCGUUUUAAAAAAGAUAUUAGCCAGUGAUGAAUUCAACAGAUGACACAUUAGUUAAAGUAUACUUAAAAGACCAACUAGAAAAUUAUUAUAAAUUCAAACUGGUUCCAAUUAUUUUUUAUACCGAGAUGAGUGUUUUUAUUGAUCAACAAAGGCGUGAUGAGUGUUUUUUUUAAAUUUUAUGAAUAGUUUAACAAUAAUUACUGCCUUGCGAUUAUGAUAUAUUUAAUGACAAAAUCCAAACCGAUAUUAAAAAAGGAACCUGAAAAGGAAUGAAAAUCUUUUUUGCUUCAAUAAUUGGAAUAACAAGGAAGGUCUGUGUUCUUAAUUUCAAAAUUUUAAUUGAGUUUAUCAAGGUACAUGUAGUGGAAACAAGAGAUCAAUAUAUGAAUAGAUAUACUGACAAAUUAUCUCAAGCUUUGGAGAUCCUUAUUUGAUUUCCAACCCUGUGAUCAGGGCUUCUGUCAGUAGUAGAAGUAUAAAGAAUUCGUUUUCCACCUAAUUUAGUGUCCCUUUUAUUCAUCCCUGAAAGCCAAUCCGGGCCAAACGCUAUCUGUGGAGAUAGUCCCGUGCAUCUGCGAAAAAGUGUCUUUACAUGAUGAAGGUUCCUUGCGGCUUUCAGGGUUGGUAAAAGAGAACUGACAGGAACAAGUAAAACCAUAGUUUUACGUUGUUAGUAUUCAUAAGUGUUCACGUCUUAAUAAUCACUUUACGCGUGGACGUGUUGAAAAAAUAAAUCAGACACCAAUGAUUUCGGUUUUGUUUGGACUGAGCAAGUUUCUUUGACUACCACCUACAAUAUUUCACAAAAUGGAUGGGACCCCCCACGCCACCCCAC